AUGGACUUCCUGACUUUCAACUCGACGCCAUCGGGAAGAGCCAAGGGCAAGACCCAUAUAAUCAUUGUCGGUGCUGGUAUCAUCGGUGUCUGUACGGCGUACUAUCUGACAAAGCACGCCGACUUUAGCCCUGAAACACAUCACAUAACCAUAAUUGAGAGCAAGAGAGUUGCCGGUGGUGCCUCCGGUAAAGCUGGUGGGUUGCUGGCGCUGUGGGCUUUCCCGCAGCAGAUUGUUCCCUUGAGUUUCAAACUGCACCAGGAGUUGAGCGAUGAGUAUAACGGUGAAGAAGAAUGGGGCUACAGAAGAUUGACGACAGUGUCGCUCGAAGGUAACAUCCAAAGGGCGCUUGAGAAUGAGGACGAUGAGGAUGAUGAGGAUGAUGAUGAAGAAGAAGAUUCAUUGGGCAAUGGUCAACCUCUACAAAAGAGACGUACAGUUACAAAGAAUUCAAUAAAGCACCAGGAUCUACACUCGCAUCCGCAUCUGCCAGUUGAUUUGAACUGGAUAAAGGGCAAUAUUAUCCAAGAUUGGUCAGAGUUGGGUGGAACUGAUUCAACUGCACAGGUACACCCUUACAAGUUCACUAAUUUCAUCCUUAAAAAGGCCAUUGAGUCCCAAGCGGUUGAAUUGAUAUUGGGUAAAGUUGAGGAGAUCUUAUUCUCUGACGAAACAGGUGCCGCUGAAGGUUUGCGCUAUAUACCAACAAAGUCUGUACAGAACACUGACGAUUUCGUUGAGAUCUACGGUGAUCAAAUAGUGCUGUCCAUGGGUCCAUGGACGUCAAAGAUCCUUCCAGACUGCCCGAUAUCUGGUCUGAGAGCCCAUUCAAUCACUGUGGCACCUCAUAACGGUACCGUGUCGCCAUAUGCGAUCUUCACAGAGCUAAAGGUUGGUAAGAAUAAGUACGUAUCCCCUGAGAUCUAUGCCAGAAAAGAUGAAGUUUAUGUAUGCGGUGAAGGUGAUACUCUGGUCGAUCUUCCGGAAACAACUGAUGAUGUUGAGGUGAUAAAGGAAAAAUGCGAUCAGUUGUUCCACUACGUCAGCAAGAUGAGUCCAAACCUAUCAAAGGGCCACAUCCUGAAGAGACAGGCUUGCUAUUUACCUGUGUUGGAUGUUCCCUCAAGCUCUGGUCCACUCAUCGGAGAGACAAACGUUGAAGGAUUAUACCUGGCAAGUGGACAUUCAUGCUGGGGUAUAAACAACGCUCCAGGAACAGGAAUGAUCAUGGCAGAACUCUUAUUAGAGGGGGAGAUCAGCAGUGCAGACGUCAGUGCACUGGAUCCAUCUUUAUACUUUGAUGCGAGUGUACUACUCGAUGAUUAA